AUGUGGCGCAGCAAUUCAGCGAGUUCUCGUGUGGCAGCACAUUCAGCGUCCGUAAGACAACAGCACUACUUACCGAAACAUCACGAAAUUGAUCUCGAGAAAACGUUCCAUGCGAUGGAAAUUGGUCACAGAGUGUGUAAGUUAAUGCUUUUAAAAAGAUGGGAUCCAACCUAUCAAAAACUUUAUUACAAUCGAGAAACAAGGCAGUUGAUGCUGAAAAAAUUGGAUGCAGCCGGAAAGUGCUGCAGCAAGGCUCAAACACUGGACUUACGUUUAGUGAAAGAGGUGCAGACGUUGGAUUUUAAGCUGAAUACAGUAAAAAUAUUAGAUAAAUGGUCUAAAGAUAAAGAACUGAAGCAAUUCGAUAUGUGCAAAAUAUUAGUGAUUGCAUAUGGAAAUGCAUUUGUUCUCAAUCAUUGGAUUCUUCUUUUUGAUGCAGCGGAUGCAUGUCGAAUGUGGUGUCAAGGAAUCCAUUAUGUCAUGAUGGAUACAGUCUCAGCGUGUCAUAGUCUUAUUAUUGAACGAUGGCUUAGAAAAGAAUUUUAUAAUCUUAUGGAUGCAAAUACGCAAUGGUUGGCGAGUUUGAGAUCUUUCGUCGCUCAUUUUUUCAUCAAUAAAUUCCACAUUCCAUAUGGUCUGCAACGAGCAUUUGAACCAGCCCUCAAUAUAUAUUUGCAUAUACGUAUGCACUUUGCACGUGGUUUCCAUGAUAUAAACGAAUUGUCAGCUCAUCAUUUUGAAUUGAUUGGUUGUGAUUUAGAAUUAUCCGGUGCAUCGUUCACGGCAUUACUUGUUGAUCAGCUCGUUGCCAUGAAACAUAUGAAACCGUUUGUGCAAACAAGUCUACAGUUCAAAGUGCAAUCAAAACAACUUNUGUUAGUCUUGAUCGCAUAUGGCAAAAAGAUUAUGAUUUUCAGCGUUGCCAUGAAACAUAUGAAACCGUUUGUGCAAACAAGUCUACAGUUCAAAGUGCAAUCAAAACAACUUCAAGAAAUUAUUGAGGAAGAAAUGAACUACGAUGCUUUUGCAGUGGCUUAUCGAAAACUAAUUCAUUUGCAUUUCGACGAAUUAGGCACUCACCGAGAAAGAACAAGUGAUUUCUUACGAUGUUACUUGAGGGAACUGGAUGCAUCAAGAGACAUUCCAGAGCCAUCGUUGAGUGUUUUAGAGUUUUGUGACUUUCUGUUUUCACGUGAGAAUAGUGUGUGGGAUUCAAUAAAUGAACGAGUUAUACAUGAUAUGAAUCAACCGCUGAGUCAUUAUUGGAUUGCUUCUUCACAUAAUACAUAUUUGACGGGUGAUCAGCUCAAAAGUGAGUCUUCAUUAGAGGCAUAUGCAAAGGCAUUACUUAUGGGUUGUAGAUGUAUUGAAUUAGACUGUUGGGAUGGACAAAAGAGGGGCUAUGGCGAUGUGUUAGAAAUAGUUAUAUAUCAUGGUUAUACGAUGACAAGUAAACUGAACCUGAGAGAUGUUUUAUACACAAUCCGACAUUACGCCUUCAUUAAUAGCGAAUACCCUGUAAUUUUGUCGAUCGAAGACAAUUGUUCUGUGCCAGCGCAACGUCUCUUAGCACAAGAAAUCAAAGAAAUUCUCGGUGAUCUCCUUUUAACAGCACCCGUAAGUCGAGAAGAGACAACUUUACCGUCUCCAGCAGCUUUGAAGCGAAAGAUUAUUCUCAAACAUAAGAAGCUACCAAUUGAAAGUGAAGAUAUUGUGCCACUGCAAAACGAUGACGAUGAUCACGAUUUGUUGUCAAAAGAAUGUGUGAAACGUGGUAUCCUUUAUUUGAAGAGCAAUGCAACACAUGAAUGGACAAAACAUGUUUUCGUGUUAUUUUCGGAUCGACUUUGCUAUAUGCUAGAACAGUGUGAAACAACAGAUUCGUCUGAAAAUUUACUAGCUCGUGAAGAUUCAAUUGGUAUUGGUUCAGGUGGAGAUGAUGAAUCGAUAUCGGAUGAUACGAGCAGUUUAAUCGGUUUUGGUGUACGUCCAGAAGAGUUGCAUGUAACUGAGGAAUGGUUUCAUGGGAAAACAGAUCGUGAUACGGCUAGAGCACGUUUAAUGGAGCAUCAAAACAAAGGCAAUGGUCUGUUUUUGGUUCGUGAUUCAACCAUAUUCAUCGGUGAUUUUUCACUUUCAUUUUUACACGAUGGUCAAGUUCAUCAUUGCCGUAUAAGAACGCGUAUGGUGCACGGUGAAAAGAAGUACUAUUUUUUGGAAACGAAACAAAUGGAUACUCUCUAUGAACUGAUUUCAUAUUAUACGAAAGAAAAACUUAAAACACCGAAAUUCAGCACGACAUUAGUGACACCUUGUCCACAGCCUUGCCCACAUCUGAGUAUGCCCUGGUUUUCUGAGAAAGCUGACAAAAAACGAGCAGAAGAGUUGUUGAAUACGGUUCGAGAGGAUGGCGCGUUUUUAAUCCGUUAUAGUGGAACCGAUCCAAACGUAUUCGUUUUGUCUCUGAGAGUGGAUGCUGAGUUCUGGCAUUAUCGAUUGAAGCGUGACGGUCGUAUAUUUGUUGUGAAUCAAACCGUUUUUGAGAAUCUCAAUCAGAUCGUUGAGUUUUAUUCAACGCACGAUUUCGUUCGUGGUAUUUGCUUGAAGUAUCCGGUUAACGAACGUAAUGUUGGUAAAUAUACAAACACUGCUAAUGCGACACCGGGAUGCUAUAUGGAAUUAAGAGAUCUGGAAAAGGAUAAAGAGAUAUUGGUUCGAGCAAUUGAAUCUUUUACAGCAAGCCAGCAAAAUGAAAUUUCUUUCCCAGUUAAUGCAGUAAUAACCGUGCUGAGAAAAAAUGGCGUGAGAUGGCGUGGCAAAUAUGGUGCACAGGUUGGCUUCUUUCCGGCACGUUGCGUUACGGAAAUUGAAUUUAGUGAUGGGUGUUUGAAUGAUACACUUAAUUAUGCCACUAUUGAAUUGGCUGGAUCAUUAAUUGCAAAAGUUCCAGUCGGAGAAACUGAUCGACCGUUCGCAUUCAAAAUUUGUCAAGCCGCAGCUCAUUGGAAUGUCACUGAAUACGUGAUGGCUGCCAAUUCGAAUGACGAUCGUGAAGAUUGGAUGAAUACACUUCACGAGUUAACAAGAACAGCCACAGAUCGCAUUCAUAUUCUACGAACUCGAGAAAAGAAUCUUCGUAUCGCAUCUGAACUAUCCAAUUUGGUUGUUUAUUGUCAAGCAGUACCAUUCAAUUCACAAUUUGCUACACAAUGCAGUUUCUACGAGAUGUGUUCGUUCAGUGAAACCAAAUACGACAAGUUGAUGGAACGUGGUUUAGUACAGUUUAAUACGCGACAGUUAUCACGUGUUUAUCCACAAGCGUCGAGGGUGACGUCGACUAAUUAUGAUCCAAUGCCAAUGUGGAAUUCUGCAUGUCAUAUGGUUGCAUUAAACUACCAAACCGGUGAUAGAGCAAUGCAACUGAAUCAAGGAAAAUUCAUGGCAAACGGACAGUGUGGAUAUGUGCUUAAGCCGGCUUAUAUGAUCGAUGAUAUGUUCUCACCGAAUGAUGCAAAUACCAUCUCGACAUCGUGUCCGAUUACACUUUCCAUCAAGGUGAUUGCUGGGCGACAUUUAUCGCGCAAAGACAAAAACAAAGGUAUUUGUUCACCAUUCGUUGAAAUUGAAGUCGUUGGUUUGCCACUGGAUAGUACUACUGCACGGACACGUGCUAUUGCCUCGAAUGGAUUGAAUCCAGUAUGGAAUGAAUCUUUUUCAUUCAAAGUUCGAUGUCCUGAAUUGGCAUUAUUGAGAUUUUAUGUUGAAGAUGGAGAUUUUGUUGGACCAAAAACAGAUCCAUUCAUUGGACAAGCAGUUUAUCCACUUGAUUGUGUUCGUACGGGUUAUCGUUCUGUGAUAUUACGUAAUCAGUUCAGCGAAGAGCUGGAACUAUCAGCACUUCUGAUUCAUAUUGAAAUGAGACGUGACAAUGUUAAUGCUGAAUUGUUGAAUCCUCAUUGUGCUCUACAAGCCGGACGCACUGUUAUGGGUUCGUUUUUGGAACUGUAUUUUAUUUAA